AUGGCUUCGCAGCUCCUCAAGGGCAAGAUUGCCAUUGUGACCGGGGCUGGAAAGUCUAACGGCAUCGGUGCUGCAACGGCGGUUGCGCUUGCACAGCAAGGAGCUAAUGUCGCCAUCCAUUACAACAGCUCUGCCGGCCAGGCAGAAGAAGUCGUGGGGAAAUUAAGAAGCUUUGGCGUUCAGGCUGUUGCACUCAAAGCUGAUGCUGGAGACACGAAUUUUGGCCAAACCCUCGUCAAUGGCACGUUGAAAGCGUUCAACGCAGAGACCAUCGAUAUUAUUGUCAACAAUGCUGGUACUGCCGUUCUAAAUCCUGAGGGCAUCUCCUCUGUCGGCACCUCUGAUUGGGAUUCGGUCUUCCAUGUCAAUGUGCGCGGCCCGUUCCUACUGAUUCAAGCCGCACUUCCUUUCAUGAAGGCCGGAGGGCGCAUCAUCAACGUAUCUAGCAUAAUCGCGAGACUAGGCUCCUUUAUGUUGCCCGUAUAUGGUGCUUCGAAAGGCGCUUUGAACGCGCUAACCGUUGCAUUAUCAGACGAGCUGGGACCGAAGGGCAUAACUAUCAAUAUAGUUGCGCCAGGACCUAUCAAGACCGAUCUCAGCAUGGAGGGAUCGCCUAUUGCGACAAGGCUCCGCAAUAAUCAACAUAUCAAGAGGGAGGGAACCGCGGAAGAGGUAGCGGAGGCAGUGUUAUUCCUGGCUGGUUCUGGUGCCAGCUAUAUCACAGGCCAGAUUAUUGGUGUCGACGGUGGUAUUGGCUUCCCUUGA